CCCGCCGGUCGCGAGAGGCGCCGCUUGUCGGGGGGGCCGGUCUCCGCUACAGCAGCGCGGCCUGCGCAGGCCCGGCUGGCGCCAUGGGCAAGAAGCACAAGAAGCACAAGUCGGACAAGCACCCCUACGAAGAAUACGUAGAAAAGCCACUGAAGCUGGUGCUGAAAGUUGGAGGAAGUGAAGUUGCGGAGCUCUCUACCGGAAAUACAGGACUUGAUUCCAGCCUGUAUGAAGACAAAUCCGAACAUGAGAAACACAAGGACAGGAAAAGGAAAAAGAGAAAGAAAGGGGAAAAACAAGUUCCUGGAGAAGAAAAGGAGAAAAGAAAGAGAAAAGUUAAGGAAGAUAAAAGGAAACGAGACCGAGACCCUGCAGACAGUGAGGGAGAACAGGAAAUGAAAUGUCAAACCCCCAUUAGAUUGGAAUUGCCACCAGAAAAACCACUGACAAGUACUUUAUCAAAACAGGAAGAGGUGGAGCAGACACCACUUCAGGAAGCUCUGAAUCAACUCAUGAGACAGCUGCAGAGAAAGGAUCCAAGUUCUUUCUUUUCAUUUCCUGUGACUGACUUUAUUGCUCCUGGCUAUUCCAUGAUCAUUAAAAACCCAAUGGAUUUUAGUACCAUGAAAGAGAAGAUCAAAAAUAAUGGCUACCAGUCUAUAGAAGAAUUAAAGGACAACUUCAAACUGAUGUGUACUAAUGCAAUGAUUUACAACAAACCAGAUACCAUUUACUACAAAGCUGCAAAAAAGCUGCUGCACUCAGGGAUGAAGAUACUGAGCCAGGAGAGAAUUCAGAGCUUGAAACAAAGUAUAGAAUUCAUGGCUGACCUGCAGAAGACAAGGAAGCAAAAGGACAAGCCGGAACUGCAGCAAACUGGGGAAGAUGAAAAUGGUCAUGGAAAAGAUAAAGGAGAACCUGUGGAUGGUGAUGCUAAAGCAUUCAAAACACCUGGCAAAGAACACAAAAAGAAGGACAAAGAUCUGCUUGAAGACAAAUUGCGGAGCACUAACUUGGAAAGGGAGCAAGAGCAGAUUGAUCGUAUUGUUAGAGAAUCUGGAGGGAAGUUAACAAGACGGCUUGCAAACAGCCAGUGUGAAUUUGAAAGAAGAAAACCAGAUGGUACAACAACUUUGGGCCUUCUUAAUCCAGUUGACCUUACUGCAGGAGAGCCAGGUUACUGCCCUGUAAAACUGGGUAUGACAGCUGGAAGGCUUCAGUCAGGAGUUAAUACAUUACAAGGGUUCAAAGAAGAUAAAAGAAACAAGGUUACUCCAGUGACAUACUUGAAUUAUGGACCCUAUAGUUCUUAUGCUCCAACAUAUGAUUCCACGUUUGCCAACAUAAGCAAAGAAGAUUCUGACUUAAUCUAUUCAACAUAUGGGGAAGAGCCUAAUCAAGGAUCUUUCAGUAUCCAUGAUUUUUUGAUGAAAUCACAAGAUUAUCCUUUCUUAAUGGCUGAUAGUUUGCUUGAUGUUCUAACUAAAGGAGGACACUCUAGAGCACUCAGAGAACUGGAAGUGCCAUCAGAGGAGGCUGAAGUACCACAUGAAAGAAGCAAUGCAAUGAAAGAUGUAAAGAUUAUGGAAAUUGAUAUUGCAGCCCGAUUGGACUCUGCUAAUAAUGACAGACUUACAGCACUAAAAGCAGUUACAAACUUUGGCAUGCCCAUAGAAGAGCUUUAUUCAGAGGAGGCUGAAAUCUUCCAGAGGAAGCUUGACGAAACAACAAAGCUGUUGAGAGAACUCCAGGAUGCUCAGAAUGAACGACUAAGUACAAAACCACCCCCUAAUAUGAUUUGUCUUCUGGGUCCAUCUUACAGAGAGAUGCACUUGGCGGAGAGAGUAACCAAUAACCUGAAAGAACUUGCACAACAAGUGACGCCGGGUGACAUUGUUAGUACCUACGGAAUCCGGAAAGCAAUGGGAAUUUCAGUUCCCUUACCUGACACAGAAGACAGCUGGGUAGAUUUGACAGAGGAAUUUCAAGAACCUAAGAAGACUGUCACCAUCCUGGAAAGAGAAUGUGGCCCAGUCACAGUCUGAGGCUCUGGUCCAGUUUACAGCUGUCUAAAUGAACCUCCUUCGGGUGCAUUCACCUGGCACAUGUACUUUGUGUGUUAAAUUACUUUUGUUUAUGAAUUCUGGGGACUGGUGACACUUGAAAUUGAAUGGUUUGUACUAGAGUUAAGUCUGCUACAUAAAUGCACUAAAUUAUUCUUUUGGCAUUC